AUCUCCAUAGAUGGUCCUCUGGACAAACCGAGGCUGUUUUGUUUUUAGUCUCAGCCCACGGGUCUACAAGUGAAUGUGAUGGAUGCUCCGCUACAGCGACACACGUAAUAACUAACCCAGGCAGGACACUGACACACCAAGACGUUCUAGUUUGCGCUACUACUUUUCUGCCCGUGCUGUUAACACGUCAGUUCUGUGUAUUUUUUCUACGUUAUUGUCCUUUUAUACCUUUUGGAACAGUCUGGACAGCAGCAUGAAUCAAUCAAAAUUAAGCGAGUGGAACUGCAAAGACAUGAAACUGGGCUGGAGUCAUUCGGUCCAAGUGUUGCCGAUGCUGUAAUGAUUUACACUUGGGAAUUACGGUCCACUAGAAGUGAUGGUCACCAACAGUGAUGUUCCCAGGCUGAGUUCCAAUAAUAUAAAGUUCUUAGAUGGAAGUGCCGUGUAUAUAUUUAGAUACACAUGCCCAAAGUUGCCUGCAGCUCAAGUUAGCCAACUGAUUUCUAACUCCAAAAGCAUCUGGACAGAAAAAUGUACAGGACUGUAUGACCCUAAAAUGGAGAGAUCUUUCAGAAGCACCACUAAACAUCUUUGCAAGCACAUGUUACAAAGGGCUGCCAAGCUUGCAGUUUGCUACCACAUUCACCCUGAAAUCUCAAGAAGAGCUCUGUCAUCCAACCAAGUCACAUAAGGACGUGCUGCCGUUCUCCAAGAUGAAUGCGUUUGAUCCGUGGCGGUGUACACCUUGGAGGAGAAUCAGAAACAAAGGAAGAGACCCUCCGUUACAGCAGAGGACGCGGGCUGUGCUUCACGCAAAGGAUAAAAUGCACUUGCCCCCGAGGCCACUUGAGCGAGUGUCAGUGUUUCCAGCGGACUUUGGAUUGCGCCCCCCAGCAUCCAGGCAGCGCGACGCGUUUGCAGGUCCAUCCCGGUUCAUUUUGGCAACGGGAAAAACACAACGCGACCCAGCGACAGCAAAGCAAAGUCCAGAUGCUACUUAAGCCACAUGUGAUCUUCACUAGCCAACAAAAGAAGUCAUGAAGGAAAGCGAGAGGUAGAGAAAAAUCCUGACAUCCAGAAAUAACAAUGAAAACACAGAGAGCCUCGUGGCAGCCUUCCUGAGUGCUCCUUCCCCAGGCAAUAUUCCCAACUUCAGUAGGGAGCUGAAGAGGGCCCCAGUCCUGGUGAGCUCAGCACUGCUUUUUUUAAAACCUAAGUCAAACUCCCAGAACAUGGUUCUCAUUUACUGAUCCAUUCUCCAGCUGUGGCGUGUAGCAGUGUUAAAUAAAGGCUCUGGAUGUGCUUCCUAAAAGAAACAUAACAACACCGACAGUAGAUCAAAGUACUGGACUCUUAGCAAGUCUCCAACCUUUGAACUACUCUUGUUUUUAUCCCUGUCAUUGCCAGCACAACAACCUAGGUUAAACAUCCCCGUAUCCAAAGGGGAGCACAGGUAGCUGCUCCUUUUAGCGAACAGCCGAGGAAGCUUCAAACUGAGCGAAUCGCGCAUUCGGAGUCGUAGCAGCCUUAUCUGGUAGAAUCUGGCAUGGAGAGUUAUGUCUGAUUUUCCCAAAAUGUUGCUGCAGGUAGUUUGAAGGAUGUUUGAAGGUUGUAGCGCUCCGAACACCGAGCAUUAUUCCAGGCAAUCUAAUUUACGAACUGCCCGUUAUGCUGAUGUUAGGCCCAAGAUGAAGAGCAAUGCCAGUGUUUAUAAAUUUCUCUUUUAUGGCUUGGUCGUGCUAUAUAUAGGCCUUGUAGUAGGGCUGAUACUGUGAAAUGAUUUUUUUCUUCUGAGUGCCUGCAGUCUUCCUUCAAUCUCUCUAUACCAGAUCCAUCUCUGGAAAAUAAACUACACACCAUUAAUUUCUGCCAUUGGCCACACACAUCCCACCGAGCUUCUCAGGUGUGAGUCCCUCAAGUCCAAAUGCAGCCUUGAUCUCUUUUUUUAGCACAACUGCUACCGAACAUUAACAUUUACUAAAGCGCUGUAUCUCCUUUACACUACGUUUUUAUCAGUGUCAACAGAGUGUCUGGCAUUCCUCGUUACGUGCUACUGCAAAAGAACAUUUGCUUUGGCUGCUUUUCCUUCCUUAUUCUUUUGCCAGUCCCGCAUUGGUCUCGCCAUACUAAAAGAAAACGUGCUGAACACGUUUGGGUUAAACAGAGGAUCUUCCCUCUAGAACUUCUUUUGUCCCCGCUCCUCCACUCCGUCCUGUGGGAACCGCGAGAUCUGGAGAACAGAGGGAAUUCUUCUGCGCCUUUUUUCUCUUCCCCUCUUGCUGGGGUUCAGCGGGUAAAGCCGGUACAUGUACAAACGCACACACACACACACAAGCCACAGUCAACACGGGGACUUCAAAGAAGCGGCGUGCACGCGCGGUGCCCUUGAAACCAAAGAUCAGGCCUCUGCAAACCUGGCUUAGCGAACGGUCGGCGCUUUUGGAGGCCGGCCCCGCACAUGGCUCCGGCGCAGCACGUGGUCGGGAGGGCGCAGAUGGCAGCGCCUGGGUCCUGUGCCAGGAAAGCCGCGGUGCCGCGUGGCCCUCCUCCAACCCACCAGCCACCGACCGAGGGGGGGAAGAGGCAACUUGAAGAGUGUUUUUUAAGAAAAAUACCCCACGCAGAGCUAUUCACCAAGCGAAAUCUCCCUCCGCCUUUAAAAACUGAAUGGAUCCACGCGGGGAGGGAUUCCCCGUAAGCCUUUUGCAGCCCCCACAUAAAACGCGGUGUGCGGAGGUAAAGAAAUCCUGCCUAAGCUACAAAGAGGGGGGGGGGCUUCUCCCUCCCUGACAGCAACACAUACUUGACUCAGAAGCAAAGUAUCUUCUGGAAAAAUAAAAAACAAAACCAAACUUA